AAUCGAACUGAUGUCGCUGCAAAUUGAGCUGUAGCUUAAGUGGGCGUGGCUGUAUUCAUGAUGCGACUGGCGAAGUUGACACAAAGUUUUACGCUUAAAAAUGCGUCGCAAAAGUGCUCGGAUCAAACGCACGCCAAGCGUCACGGCAGCAGCAGCAGCAACGGUGCGGGCCAGAGCAUUGGAAGCGGCGGGAACGUUAACGGCCUUGCGGCCACGGCGGCAACUGCAGCAGCAACAACGAGGAACGGCAGCAGCAGCACGAACACCAGCGGCGGCAGCAGCAGCCACAACAACAGCAACAGCAACAGUAACAGUAGCAGCAGCAGCAGCAACAGCAGCAACAGCAACAGCAGCAAACGUAAAUCAAAGCCGCGAACAAAGUGCUUCGGUGGCACAGUGUUUCGCUGUUGCCUACCUUGUCGCGGGGGCGGCUCCGCAGCCCCCGCCACAAGUCCGCCCCAAACACCCGCGCAGACUCCGGACGAACUGCUGAAACCCAAAGCACAGACACAGACACAAACGCAGAUACAGAGACAAGGAACAACACCGCAAACCGAUUUGCUGACAGACAACGAGCAACCAGAAAAGCAAUCACAAGAGCAACAACAACAGCAACAGCAACAAUUGCUGGACAUUGAGACAGAGGAACCGUGCGGCAUUGCGGGUGAGAAGAAGCAUUCGUUAGCGGAUACGAUUGGCACAUCGGUGACAACGCCCAUAUCCCUGAAGACGCUCAUCAACGACGUUGACGAGGACUUGGAGCAACCGUUGAGCGCUGCCGAUAUCGCAGCCGCAAGUUUGGCCAGCGGUUUGGUUGCCCGACGCGCCGAACCGGAGACACUCAGUGACGCCAGCGUAUCGCCCACCGUUGUCGUCUUGCAGCUGUCGAGCACAGUGACAGCGAGCACAGCGCCCAGUCUAACGCUGCCAGAAGCAGCAAGCACUCUGACGACAAGCGUUACGACAACACCCUCAGCAGCAGCAGCCACAGCAGCAGCAGCAGCAGCAGCAACGCUGUUGUCCACAACUAGUAGCAGCGUCUCCCCCACGUCGCCGUCGCCCAGUGGCGUUUAUAGUGCCAAUCAGCAGGUAACAGGCGGCAGCACAUCAACAACUAGCAGUAACAGUAACAGCGGCGGCGGCGGCAGCAGUGGAGGAGCAACAGCAACAACACAGCAGCAACAACAACAGCAGCAACAGCAACAGCAACGUUGUAGUUGUCAGCCACAGACAUCACCAUUGCCGCACAUCAAAGAGGAGGAAGAGUCCGAGCAGCAACAAUUGCAACAGGCAAACAAUCGCCAGGCGGCAAACAACAGUCCCAUCAAGGGGCUCGAGGAACCGCUGCCACCCAUCACAAUAGCUGGAGCUGGCUAUUGUGGCAGCUGUGAGAGUGUUCAUCAGUCGUCGGGUACCACCUCAUCCUCGGCAGCAACAGCCGGAGGAGGCGGCGUCGGUGGCGGCAGUUCACAACCAGAAUACGUUGGUGCAUCGACGCCAUCGCCACGCAUCAAAUUAAAGUUCCGUAAACCGCAUAAAUCGUGCUGGUCGCGCAUUGUUCUUGCACCGAUUGGCAGCAGCAACAGCGGCACUGGAGGCGGCGGCGGCGGCUCGUCAUCGGCAACGGUUAUUGGCAGCAAUUCAAACGAAACAUUAGCUUCCAGCGGCAGCACCGGCAACACAAAUACCACCAACAACAGCAGCAGUAUCAGUGUCGCUGCCCAUCAUCGCUUGGCAUCAUCAUCGGCAUCGGCACUCGCCUCGCAUCCCAGCAACUCGCAGCUGCUGCCCACCAGCAAAAUGCAGGCCGAACAGGGCUCCAUUGGGGAUCUGCAGAAGUACCACAGUCGCUAUCUCAAGAAUCGGCGUCACACCUUGGCCAAUGUUCGUUUCGAUGUAGAAAAUGGCCAGGGCGCCCGAUCACCGCUUGAAGGCGGUUCACCCAGCGCUGGUUUGGUACUACAGAAUUUACCGCAACGUCGCGAAUCCUUUCUAUAUCGCUCCGAUUCGGACUUUGAGAUGUCACCAAAGUCAAUGUCCAGAAACUCAAGCAUCGCUAGCGAAAGGUUUAAAGAACAGGAGGCCUCUAUACUCAUUGACAGAUCCCAUGGCGAGGAUCUCAUUGUAACGCCGUUUGCCCAAAUUUUAGCCAGUUUACGUUCAGUGCGCAACAAUUUAUUAAGUCUGACAAAUGUACCAGCAUCAAACAAGCGGCCAGCUCAAUCAUCAUCCGUCGGACGGUCCGGAAAUGCGGGCGGCGUUCAACUAGCACAGGGCGAUGAGGCCUACACACGCCUGGCCACCGAUACCAUUGAGGAGUUAGACUGGUGCUUGGAUCAGCUGGAGACUAUACAAACGCACCGCAGUGUCUCCGACAUGGCAUCGCUUAAGUUCAAGCGCAUGCUUAACAAGGAGCUCUCACACUUUAGUGAGUCCAGCAGAUCAGGAAAUCAAAUUUCCGAAUAUAUUUGUUCAACAUUUUUGGACAAGCAACAAGAGUUCGAUUUACCCUCGCUGCGCGUUGAAGAGAACACUGAACACUCAACCGCACCAACCGCCGCCAACCAGCAAUAUCCGCGCAGUCGAUCGCCCCGCGGUCCGCCGAUGUCACAAAUAAGCGGCGUUAAGCGGCCGCUGUCGCACACAAACAGCUUCACCGGCGAGCGUCUGCCCACGUUUGGCGUGGAGACGCCGCACGAGAAUGAGCUGGGCACACUGCUCGGCGAAUUGGAUACGUGGGGCAUUGAGAUAUUCAAAAUUGGCGAACUCAGCUGCAAUCGUCCGCUCACCUGUGUGGCAUACACCAUAUUUCAGAGUAGAGAAUUACUGACCAGUCUUAUGAUACCACCGAAAACUUUUCUUAACUUUAUGACUACUCUGGAGGACCACUACGUCAAAGACAAUCCGUUUCACAAUUCGCUGCAUGCCGCUGACGUGACACAGAGCACAAAUGUGCUACUAAAUACACCGGCAUUGGAGGGUGUAUUCACGCCCCUCGAGGUGGGCGGGGCGCUGUUCGCCGCUUGCAUACACGAUGUUGAUCAUCCUGGCUUAACCAAUCAGUUUUUGGUUAAUUCAAGUUCCGAACUAGCAUUAAUGUACAAUGACGAAUCUGUUUUGGAAAAUCAUCACUUAGCUGUUGCCUUCAAAUUAUUGCAAAAUCAAGGAUGUGAUAUAUUCUGUAAUAUGCAAAAGAAACAACGCCAAACUUUGAGGAAAAUGGUUAUUGAUAUUGUGCUCUCCACUGACAUGUCCAAGCACAUGAGCCUGCUGGCCGAUCUGAAGACCAUGGUGGAGACCAAAAAGGUCGCUGGCUCCGGGGUGCUGUUGCUAGACAAUUAUCAAGAUCGCAUGCAGGUGCUUGAGAAUCUGGUGCACUGCGCUGAUCUGAGCAAUCCCACCAAGCCAUUGCCGCUGUAUAGACGCUGGGUGGCACUGCUGAUGGAGGAGUUCUUUCUACAGGGUGACAAGGAGCGCGAAUCGGGCAUGGACAUUAGUGCGAUGUGCGAUCGCCAUAAUGCGACUAUUGAGAAGUCACAAGUGGGCUUCAUCGAUUACAUUGUGCAUCCGUUGUGGGAGACAUGGGCCGAUCUGGUGCAUCCCGAUGCCCAAGAUAUACUCGAUACGCUUGAAGAGAACAGAGACUACUAUCAGAGCACGAUACCGCCAUCGCCACCGCCAUCGACAGCCGAUGAAAUACCGCAGGAUGAGAAGAUACGAUUCCAGGUAACACUGGAGGAGUCCGAUCAGGAGAAUCUGGCCGAACUGGAGGAGGAGUGCGACGAGAGCGAGAGUCGGGGAGAUGCCGGCUCCAGCAGCACCACUGGCACCACAGCAACUGGCGUUGCCGGCGGUGGCAAGCCGUCAGGGAGUCAAAAUCAAGCGCCACACGGUGGAAUGUGACGGAGAGUCGUGGGAAUUUAUCGGAAAUUAACGGAGAAAGCGCACAGCUUUUUCCUGAUUCGUUAGUGACUACAAUUUUAAUCAACCACAAAAACCGAAAACAAACAACAACAACAACAACAACCACAAGAAAACAAACAUAACUUAGAAACAACCACAACAACAAACCGUUUAAACGUAAAAAGAGAGACAACAACAAAAAACAAACAAAUUUAUUUAAAAUGAAUGAAAAAAACCCCAAAAAAAAUAUAUAAAAAUAUAAAAAACCAAAAAAAAAAAAAAAAAAAAAAACAUAUAUAUAUAUAUACAUAUAAAAAUAAAGAAUUAAACAAAUGUUUAAAGCGUAAAAAAAAACCAAAAAACAGCAAUAGCAAACGUACCGUUUAACUUAUAGUGAAUGAAACGAAGGAAAAGAUGAGAAACAAAAGCAAAAACAUAAGAAAUUAGAAAUUUACUUGAUGAAAAAUGAGAUUGAUGUGGAUUACACAGAAAACUAAAACACAAAAACAAAAAUGAAACGGCUAAGCACGGCGUUUAAACCAUAAACAUUAACAUUAACAUUAAAGAAGAAAAGAACAGAAAAGAAAAAAAACAAA